ACUACCAAACAAAGAUGGCGGACAUAGACUCAAGGGUAGACCGGUCGGAUCCGGAAUUGAGAUUCUUGUCAGUAGACAGAAACAGUUUCAACGAUCCGGCUACUCAAGCAGAAUGGACACAAAAGAAAUUGGUUUGGGUACCUCACGAGACGCAGGGCUUCGUUGCCGCCGGUAUCAAGGGAGAACGCGGCGAUGAGGUCGAAGUGGAAAUCGCGGAAACCGGCAAGCGCGUCCACGUCGCCAAGGACGACAUCCAAAAGAUGAACCCGCCAAAGUUCGAUAAGGUCGAGGAUAUGGCGGAACUCACGUGCCUCAACGAGGCUUCUGUCCUGCAUAAUCUAAAGGAUCGUUAUUACUCCGGUCUCAUUUACACGUAUUCCGGACUGUUCUGCGUCGUGGUAAAUCCUUACAAAAGAUUGCCGAUUUAUACGGAAAAAAUAAUGGAAAGGUAUAAGGGUAUAAAAAGACACGAGGUACCACCCCACGUUUUCGCCAUCACCGACACGGCCUACCGUUCGAUGUUACAAGAUCGCGAGGAUCAGUCCAUUUUGUGUACCGGUGAGUCUGGAGCAGGCAAGACCGAGAACACGAAGAAGGUCAUUCAAUAUCUGGCGUAUGUUGCUGCUUCGAAACCCAAGUCCAAUGCGACCCCAAGCCCGGCGUUAAUCAUAGCAUCUGGGAGUGUGUCGGACAAGUUUGCGGUAAUUAAUGGCGAACUCGAACAACAACUCCUUCAAGCAAAUCCAAUUUUAGAAGCAUUCGGAAACGCAAAGACUGUGAAGAACGACAACUCGUCUCGUUUCGGCAAAUUUAUUAGGAUAAAUUUCGAUGCCUCCGGUUAUAUCGCAGGUGCAAAUAUCGAGACGUAUCUUUUAGAGAAAUCAAGAGCGAUCAGACAAGCCAAGGAUGAAAGAACCUUCCAUAUAUUUUACCAGUUGCUUGCUGGUGCCUCAUCAGAACAAAAAAAGGAAUUUAUAUUGGAGGACCCUAAACAUUAUCCGUUCUUAUCCAAUGGUAUUCUGCCUGUACCAGGAGUCGAUGAUUCCGCUGAAUUCUUCUCAACAGUGAAAUCGAUGCACAUCAUGGGUAUGACUAACGAAGAUUUCUCAUCGAUCUUCCGCAUUGUUUCUGCAGUGAUGCUAUUCGGUUCCAUGCAAUUCCGUCAAGAACGUAAUUCCGAUCAAGCGACUUUACCUGAUAAUACAGUAGCACAAAAAAUAUCUCAUCUGUUAGGUCUCAGUGUAACAGAAAUGACAAAAGCUUUCUUAAAACCUCGAAUCAAAGUCGGUAGGGACUUUGUAACUAAAGCACAGACAAAGGAACAGGUAGAAUUUGCGGUGGAAGCUAUAUCAAAGGCAUGCUACGAACGAAUGUUUCGUUGGUUAGUUAACAGGAUCAAUAGAUCUUUGGAUAGAACGAAAAGACAAGGUGCCAGUUUUAUAGGUAUCUUAGAUAUGGCCGGUUUUGAGAUAUUCGAAUUGAAUUCCUUCGAACAGCUAUGCAUUAAUUACACGAAUGAAAAGUUACAACAGUUAUUCAAUCACACCAUGUUCAUUCUCGAGCAAGAGGAGUAUCAGCGAGAAGGUAUCGAAUGGAAAUUCAUCGAUUUUGGACUCGAUCUUCAACCUACGAUCGAUUUGAUCGACAAACCAAUGGGUAUCAUGGCUUUAUUGGACGAAGAAUGUUGGUUCCCCAAAGCGACCGAUAAAACGUUCGUCGAGAAACUCGUCGGUGCACACAGCGUGCAUCCCAAAUUUAUGAAAACAGAUUUUCGAGGUGUCGCUGACUUUGCUAUUAUACAUUAUGCCGGUAAAGUGGAUUAUUCAGCGGCCAAAUGGCUAAUGAAAAACAUGGAUCCAUUGAACGAGAACGUGGUGAGCCUUUUACAGGCAUCCCAGGAUCCAUUCGUCUGCCAUAUUUGGAAAGACGCUGAAAUCGUAGGCAUGGCGCAACAAGCGCUGACGGAUACACAGUUUGGUGCAAGGACUAGAAAAGGCAUGUUUAGAACGGUAUCUCAACUGUAUAAAGAGCAAUUGGCUAAAUUAAUGUUGACCCUGAAAAAUACCAAUCCGAACUUUGUCAGGUGCAUUAUUCCAAAUCAUGAGAAAAGAGCUGGUAAAAUAGAUGCUCCUUUAGUAUUGGAUCAAUUACGAUGUAACGGUGUAUUAGAGGGAAUACGUAUCUGCAGACAAGGUUUCCCAAAUAGAAUUCCAUUCCAGGAAUUUAGACAGCGUUAUGAGUUACUCACACCGAACGUUAUCCCGAAAGGUUUCAUGGACGGGAAGAAGGCUUGCGAGAAAAUGAUUCAAGCAUUAGAAUUGGAUCCAAACCUUUAUCGAGUUGGUCAAUCAAAGAUAUUCUUCCGUGCCGGUGUUUUGGCUCAUCUCGAAGAGGAAAGAGAUUACAAGAUAACCGAUUUGAUCGUAAACUUUCAAGCAUUCUGUCGUGGUUUCUUGGCACGUCGCAAUUAUCAGAAACGUUUACAACAAUUGAACGCCAUUCGUAUUAUACAAAGGAACUGUGCAGCUUACUUGAAGCUUCGUAAUUGGCAAUGGUGGAGACUUUACACCAAAGUGAAGCCUUUGUUAGAGGUAACAAAACAAGAAGAGAAACUUACCCAAAAGGAAGACGAAUUGAAGCAAGUUCGAGAUAAACUUGAAUCACAAUUACACUCCGCCCAAGAAUAUGAACGUAAGUAUCAACAAGCCAUCGAAGAGAAAACGAUGUUAGCCGAACAGUUGCAAGCUGAGGUAGAACUUUGCGCCGAAGCGGAGGAAAUGCGAGCAAGAUUGGCUGCGCGUAAGCAGGAGUUAGAAGAGAUAUUGCAUGAUUUGGAAGCACGCAUCGAAGAGGAGGAAGAGAGGAGUGCGGCAUUGACACAAGAGAAGAAAAAAUUGCAAUUGAACAUAAGCGAUUUGGAAGAGCAAUUGGAAGAGGAAGAGGCUGCUAGACAGAAACUACAGCUUGAAAAAGUACAGUGCGAUGCAAAAAUUAAGAAACUCGAGGAAGACCUUGCACUUUCGGAUGAUACCAAUCAGAAACUGCUCAAGGAGAAAAAAAUUCUCGAGGAACGCGCGAACGAUUUGUCUCAAACUUUGGCGGAAGAAGAAGAGAAAGCAAAACAUUUAUCAAAAUUAAAAGCGAAACACGAAGCAACCAUAGCGGACCUCGAAGAGAGAUUACUUAAGGAUCAUCAACAACGACAGGAAGUGGAUAGAUCGAAGAGAAAAGUGGAAACCGAAGUGUCGGAUUUGAAGGAACAACUUUCCGAAAGAAAAACGCAAGUCGAAGAAUUACAAUUGCAAUUGGGAAAACGCGAAGAGGAACUGAAUCAAGUGAUGGCAAAGAUGGACGAAGAAGGUGCGGCAAAGGCGCAAGCACAAAAAGCGUUAAGAGAAUUGGAAUCGCAAUUAGCCGAAUUGCAGGAAGAUUUAGAAGCAGAAAAAGCGGCUCGUAGUAAGGCAGAAAAAUUAAAGCGAGAUUUGAACGAGGAAUUGGAAGCAUUGAAAAACGAAUUGCUGGAUUCAUUGGAUACUACUGCAGCCCAGCAAGAAUUAAGAAGUAAACGUGAACAAGAAUUAGCUACUUUGAAGAAGAAUCUUGAGGAAGAAACAUCGGUACACGAAGCUACGUUAUCUGAUAUGCGACACAAACAUACGCAAGAGUUAACAGCUUUGAACGAACAAAUGGAUGCCUUGAAGAAAACUAAAGCUGCUUUAGAGAAAGCAAAGGGUUCUCUCGAGGCUGAAAAUGCAGAUUUGGCUACUGAAUUGAGAUCGAUUAGUGCGAGCAGACAAGAAUCCGAUCGUCGUCGUAAACAAGCAGAGCAACAGUUAGCCGAUGUCAGCGCCAAAUUAGGUGAAAUUGAGAGAAACAAACAAGAAUUGGUAGAAAAGGUAACGAAACUUCAGCAAGAGACUGAAAGCGUUAUGCAACAAUUAGAAGCAGCAGAAUUGAAGACUUCAGCCGCUUUAAAAGCAUUGGCAACGUGCGAAUCACAAUUUACGGAACUUCAACAACAAUUAGAGGAAGAGACAAGACAGAAGCUUGCAUUAAGUUCGAAACUUCGUGCGUUGGAAAGUGAGAAGGAAAGUAUACAUGAACAAUUGGAAGAAGAAGAAGAGGCAAAACGUGGCUUGGAAAAACAAGUUUUGAAUUUGAACGCUCAGCUGGUAGAAGCGAAGAAACGUGCCGAGGAAGAGGCAGAAGCGGCAGCAGCAUUGGAAGAAAGUAGAAAACGUUGCGCAAAAGAUAUCGAGGCACUUCAAAGACAAGUCGAAGAAUUGCAAGCAGCUAAUGACAAGUUAGAUAAAUCGAAGAAGAAGAUACAAGCCGAAUUGGAAGACAGUAUCAUCGAAUUAGAAGUGCAACGAGCCAAGGUGCUAGAAUUAGAAAAGAAACAGAAGAAUUUCGACAAGGUACUUGCAGAAGAGAAGGCCGUGUCGGAACAAUAUGCGGAACAGAGAGACAACGCGGAAAGAGAAGCACGUGAGAAAGAAACUAGAGUCCUUUCAUUAACGCGAGAAUUAGACGAACUUAAUGAGAAGGUCGAAGAAUUGGAAAGAGGACGUCGCGGGCUCCAAUCGGAACUGGAUGAGUUGGUGAAUAAUCAAGGUACAGCUGACAAAAACGUACAUGAAUUGGAAAAAGCUAAACGUGCUUUGGAAUCGCAAUUGGCUGAACAAAGGUCUCAAGUAGAAGAAUUGGAAGACGAAUUGCAGUUUACUGAAGAUGCAAAAUUAAGAUUGGAAGUAAAUAUGCAAGCUUUACGUGCGCAAUUCGAGAGAGAUCUUCAAGCGAAGGAGGAACAAGCGGAAGAGAAGCGCCGAGGAUUGGUCAAGCAAUUGCGUGAUGUUGAAGCCGAAUUAGAUGACGAAAGAAAGCAACGGGCGGCUGCGAUAGCUCAACGUAAAAAGAUGGAGAGCGAUUACAAGGACAUGGAGCAACAAUUGGAGAUUCAUAACAAAGUGAAAGAAGAUGCGUUGAAACAAUUGAAAAAAUUACAAGUACAAAUAAAGGAUUAUACUAGAGAAAUAGAGGAAUUCAGGGCGGCUAGAGAUGAAUUAGCAGCUGGUGCGAAAGAAUCGGAAAGGAAAGUAAAGAGUCUUGAAGCAGAUUUGAUGCAACUAACGGAAGACUUGGCUAACAGCGAACGCGCUAGACGAGCGGCUGAAAACGAGAGAGAUGAACUUCAAGAGGAAGUUAACAACAAUGCCAAUAAGGGAACUUUAAUGCUCGAUGAGAAGCGUAGACUUGAAGCAAGAAUCGCUACUUUGGAAGAAGAAUUGGAAGAGGAACAAUCUAUUUCCGAGGUCGCUGUGGAUCGUGCAAGAAAGGGACAGAUCUCAAUAGAACAAUUAUCGACUGAUUUGGCUACCGAACGAUCUACGACACAGAAACUUGAAUCUCACAGAAUGUUAUUGGAGAGACAAAACAAGGAAUUGAAAGCAAAACUUGCCGAAUUAGAAACUGCUCAACGUGCCAAGACAAAAGCUACAAUACAGCAAUUAGAAUCGAAGAUAAAUAAUUUGGACGAGCAACUGGAGACAGAAGCAAAGGAAAGGUUUGCUCAACAAAAGAUCAAUCGCAAAUUAGAAAAGAAAUUAAAAGAAAUGACUAUACAAUUAGAAGAUGAGAGGAGAAACGCCGAUCAAUACAAGGAGCAAGUGGAAAAAGUAAAUGCUAGAAUGAAGACACUGAAGAGACAGUUAGAUGAAGCAGAAGAGGAAAUCAGUAGACACAAAGCUAUGAAGCGAAAAGCUCAAAGAGAAAUGGAUGAUAUGCUGGAAUCUCAAGAGGAACUUACACGUGAAGUAGCAAAUCUGAAGAACAAAUUGAGGCGUGGUGGACCUGCUAUAAGUUUGAGCUCUACGAGGCUAAAACGUGGAUCUGUACAAACUGGAGGAUCCGGCGAUGAUUCGACAACGCAAGACGAAAGUAUCGACGGGGAAGAAAAUACUAAUUGAAGUCCUAUAAAUCUUUUAAAAUGUGCAAAAACGAGGAAAACAGCCUGCGUCACGUUACGAAGCGACAACGAUAGCGGAAUUUCUCGAUCUUAUGUAAACAUCGACUAUAUAAAGUCAAUUGAAUUUAGUACAUUCGAUCUAAUAUUCGCUUUCAGUGAUAAAAUUUUACAAGGAGGAUAACGCAUAAAAGUCCUGUUUCUUAAGAGUGCUAUUAAGAGAUAUAUAAAGAUGGAUCUUUGUAUAUUGAUCCUGCGAAUUGGAUAAUAGUUUAUAGGAAGUAAUUAUUUCUUUGUUUGUAUACUACUCUACUUGUUUUCUUCCUUAUUUUCACUAGAGUUUUAUAUGCUUCCCAUAAAAUGCCAUGAGACGUCGAGUGUAAGAAGAAGAAGAAGAGUCUUUUUUGUUUAAGGAUAUGUAUAUAAUUUUACAACUUAUUAAUUAAUAACUUGACCGCCGAGCGGUAUGAAUGCAAGCAUGAUUUUAAAUUGAUAUGAUGCAGAAGUUGUAAUCGAGAAAAAUAGAAGUCAAUAACAAAGCGGAUUACUGCAUAAUUUAUAACAACUUAACAAAACUAUUAGAUAGCAUUAAGAUAUUAGUUUUUAUUAUUAUUAUUAUUAUUAUUAUUAUUAUUAUUAUUAUUAUUAUUAUUAUUAUCUUUAUUAUUAUUAUUAUUACUACAUUAUAUUUUUGUUGCUAUGAACAACAUCCUCCAACACACACAUACACACAUAUAUAUUAUUAAUUUUAUUAUUAUUAUUAUUUUUAUUAUUAUUAGUAUUAUUAAUUAUUAUAAUAUUUUAUUAUUAUCACAAAUAGUAUCACAAUUAAACUAAUACUAUGCGGAUCAUAUAAAUAAAAUACGACAAAUUGAGAAGAAUAGUUGUACUCCAGUUUCAUUUUAAAAGGUUCGUACAUUUGAAGUUUUCAAUUGCAUUUCGUCUUUCGUACAUACUGCUUGCUUUCUCUUUAGCGAUUAACAUUUAAGUGAAAUAUUUAUACUAUAGUGUAAUAUUUGUCACGUUAUAUCAUUGCAUUCAUACGAUCGUUGCGUUUAAGAUUUGAUUCCUCUAUUAAUUCUAAGCACAAUUACAUUUUUGGGGAAGUUAGGUAACAGUGUGACGCAAAGACUUCAUUUUUUUUGUACUUAAGACAUUAUAAUUUUAUUUAUGAUUUUUUGAUUUAACUAUUCAGUUGUUAUUAACCUUUUGAAAUGAACUGAUUAGGGAAACGAUUAAAAGAAAAAAAAAGGAAUGUGAAAAAAAGAAAAUACAUUGUGACUCAAAUUCGUCUGACUUGGGUGGAUUCAAAUAUAUAGAUGCAAAUUUCACAAAUUGCGUUAAAGCGAUCAUCGACCCAAGUAUCGUGAAGAUGUUUUAUACAUGCAUUUUUUUACAUACACAUUUUAUGGAAUCCUUUGUACCAAAAGGCAUUUAUAGCAAACAUUGUGCCAGGGUUAGAAUAUAUUUUGAUGCGACUAGCAAACAUGGAAAAUAUACUAAUUAAUAAUAGGCCUUUAAUAUAUUAAACGAAAUAAGGUGUUAAACUAUGGCUUCCUAGAGAUAUUUUAGGCAAAAUUUCGAAGACAUGAUUCUGAAAAUAAAAAAAGUAAAAGAACAAACAAACAAAUAAAGCGGAACUGCCAUUAUACAUGCUGUUGAUUUCAGAGACAACAUAUCAUGUCGAUGCUUAAAGCCGAUUAAAAUGAUAUGCAAUCUCUUAAUACUAGAAAUUUUUCCAUUUGUGACCACUGUGAAUUGUGUAUAUAAUCGCUUUGAGAUGUUCAUUUCUCGUUGUUUUUUUAUUUUUUAUUUUUCUUGUAUCAUGUCCUAUUUGCCGUUACAAAAUAUUUGCCGCAUACAAAAUAAAAAAAAAAAAAAUAAAAAAAAUAAAAGAAAAAAUUUUCAAAUGGAACGUAGAGGACAUGAUAAUUAAUCGAAACUGUAACGAGAAGUGAUCAUUGUGAAAGUAUUUGAUAAUUGGGGUUAGCGUCAUAUACAAUGAAACUAGGAGUGAAAAGUGAGGUUUGAAAUAACAUGGAAGGAAGAGUUUUGAUAUGUUUUAUAUGGAAUAAAUAUAAACGUUGAUUGCAUCAUAAGUAUAUAAGAAAAAAGUAUAAUAAAUGCUGAAAUAGUAGAUCAAAUUAAGCACUAA